AUGGCUAUAGACCUCCGCCUCGGAUCUUCUUUUAUUCACCUUGUUUGCGCCUUGCAUCUUGUUUGCGGAGAAAUUCGGUACUCGAUUCCCGAAGAAUUGGAGCCGGGUACCUUCGUUGGGAAUAUUGCCGAGGAUUUAGGCCUAAGCAUUACAGAAAUAACCGCUCGAAAACUUAGACUCGUCUCUAAGGACACGAUUCAGUUACUGAAGGUAAACAUGCAAAAUGGCAUUUUAUUUGUGAAAGAGCGAAUCGACAGGGAUACCCUCUGCAUGGAAAGCUCGACUUGUUCUGUUUCGUAUGAUGCAGCUUUAGAAAAUCCAUUGGAAUUGCAUCGCAUUGACAUAGAGAUAGUGGAUAUAAAUGAUAACGCGCCGAGAUUUACGGAAAACAAAUACUAUUUACUUAUCUCUGAAUUUACCGGGACAGGAGCCCUCUUUCCUCUCGAGAGCGCGCAAGAUGCAGACGUGGGAACAAAUACAGUAGUUUCUUAUAAAAUCAGCUCCAACGAACACUUCGGUCUGAAGCAACAAGGAUUGGACGAUGGAACUAGAAUUACGGAACUGAUGCUGGAAAAAUCUCUCGACCGCGAGCAACAGUCUGCCUUCCAAAUUAUAUUGACGGCCAUUGACGGCGGGAUUCCUCCGAGAUCUGGGACAGCGGAAAUAAUUAUCUAUGUAGUGGAUGCGAAUGAUAAUGCGCCUGCAUUCGAUCGUCACAAAUAUCGGGUUGGUAUUCUGGAGAACGCACCUAUAGGAACCAUGGUAACCAGGAUAAAAGCUGCAGAUUUAGACGAAGGAGUCAACGGUGAACUAAAAUACUCUUUAAGUACCUACGUCUCUCCAAGGGUUCGGGAUUUGUUUACUUUGGACUCAGAAACUGGGCAGCUUUAUGUGAAGGGACCACUAGACUAUGAAGGGAAAAGCGUUUAUGAAAUUGCGGUGCAGGCUGUGGACAAAGGCGUACCACAAUUAACUGGGCGCGCCACAAUUAUUGUUGGAUUAACUGACAUUAAUGAUAACGCUCCGGAAAUAAUGGUUACCUCUGUAUCGAGCAACGUGCGUGAAGACAAUUCUAUCGGGACUGUAGUCGGUAUAAUAAGUGUUACGGAUCGUGACUCUGGCGAGAAUGGACAAGUACAUUGUCGAAUUCCUAAGAAUAUCCCCUUUCAACUUCAGAAAUCGUUGAACAACCAGUUCAAGUUAGUAAUUAACGAUCCACUGGAUAGGGAAACCACUACGCAGUAUAAUAUCUCUAUUAUAGCCUGGGAUGCGGGGCACCCAUCCCUUUCAACAAAUACAACCUUAUUCAUUUCAGUAUCAGAUAUAAAUGAUAAUAUACCGAGGUUUGCACAAUCAUCGUAUCAGGUGUUUCUGAUGGAAAACAACGCACCGGGUGCAUCCAUCUUUACUGUUACAGCUUUGGAUCCCGAUUUGGACAAGAAUAGCGAGGUAUCGUAUUCCCUUGUGGAGAGUCCCAUGGAAGAUGUCGCUUUGUCUAACGCGAUUACCAUUAACUCGGAAAGUGGGUGUAUUUACGCACUGCGCUCCUUUGACUAUGAAAACCAGAAGAAUUUUCAAUUCAAAGUUCAAGCUUCCGAUUCUGGAUCUCCUUCAAUGAGCAGUACCGCUACGAUGAAUGUCGUAAUCUUGGACCAAAAUGACAAUGCUCCAGUUAUAGUAUUUCCUUCCACACGGAACAAUUCAGCGGCUGCACAGAUUGUCCCCCAGUCAGCAUAUCCAGGAUUCGUAGUUUGCAGGAUAAUAGCAACGGAUGCUGAUUCCGGGCAGAACGCCCGCCUUUCCUACCAAAUUUUAGAAGCUACAGAUCGUACUUUGUUCACUGUGGGAUUUCUCUCUGGAGAAAUCAGUAUGUCCCGAAGGUAUGCGGAUAAAGAUAAGCAUAAACAUAGACUUGUAAUCUUGGUAAAGGACAACGGACAACCGAGUCUAUCCAGUUCAGCCACAUUUCUAUUUUCAAUUCUGCCCAACACUACAGAAAACUUCUCUGAACUUACGAAUAAGCCAAUAAAUCGGGUUCAUUUUACAUAUUUAAAUCUGAUGCUGAUAGUAGCGCUGGGGUCAACAUCCUUAAUAUUUCUAUUGAUCAUAGUUUUGCUGGUCUUUCUGAAGUGCAAACAAGAUCGAAAUAUUUACGGUUCCAGUUCCAGAAUCUGCUGUUGCUGUGGAGAAAAUUCAACUGACGACUUUAAUCUCAGAGCCGUGCCAAAAACAGUGUUGAAUUAUGCCGGUGCUGGUCAGACGCUGCCCAUUCGGGAAUUGUACAAUUCCACUGUUGCACACUCAACUGAUUCUUCGAGGAGUGAUUUUUUGUUUUUAAAACCGCAUCAUCCUGCGUUACCUCUGGAUGAUUUCAACGUUCGUGAUUCGGAAAAAUAUUCAGUAAAGAGAUUCACAGAAAUUCUGCGACAAUUUCAUGAAUCCAAUCUAGAAAAAAUGGCGACAGAACUCAGCCACGGAUUGUCCUUCAUUCACUUUGUUUGCUCCUUGCACCUUGUUUACGGACAGAUUCGGUACUCGAUUCCAGAAGAAUUGGAGCUGGGUGCCUUCGUUGGGAAUAUCGCCGAGGAUUUAGGCCUGAGCAUUACAGAAAUGACCGCCCGUAAAUUCAGACUGGUCUCCGAGGACGCGAUUCAAUUAUUGAAGGUGAACAUGCACAAUGGCAUUUUACAUGUGAACGAGCGAAUCGACAGGGAAUCAAUCUGCAAGCAAAUCUCGACUUGUUCAGUUUCUUAUGAUGCAGCUUUAGAAAAUCCAUUGGAACUGCAUCGCGUUGACGUAGAGAUAUUGGAUAUAAAUGAUAACGCGCCGAGAUUUACAGAAGACAAAUACUAUUUGCAUAUCUCUGAAUUCACAGCAACAGGCGCACGCUUUCCUCUGGAGAGAGCGCAGGAUGCAGACGUCGGAACGAAUACAGUCAUUUCAUACAAAAUCAGCUCAAACGAGCAUUUCGGGCUGAACCAACAGAAAGUCGACGACGGGAGUCAAAUUACAGAACUGAUACUGGAAAAACCUCUGGACCGCGAGCAACAGUCGGCAGUCCAACUGCUGCUGACGGCGAUUGACGCUGGGAUCCCUCCGAGAUCUGGUACAGCAGAAAUCAUUAUCUCCGUAGUUGAUGGCAAUGAUAACGCGCCGGCAUUCGAUCGCCAUAUAUAUCGGGUUAAUGUUAUGGAAAACGCACCUGCAGGUACGAUGGUGACUACGAUAAACGCUGCUGAUUUAGAUGAAGCAGCAAAUGGUGAGGUCAAAUAUUCUUUUAGUAAACACGUUUCUCAAAGCGCUCGAGAGUUGUUCACUUUGGACUCAGAAACUGGAAAGAUAUAUGUGAAGGGACCCCUGGACUAUGAAGGAGAAAACGUUUAUGAAAUUGAGGUACAAGCUGUGGACAAAGGUGUACCAGCAUUAAGUGGGCGCGCCACAAUUAUUGUUGGACUAACUGACGUUAAUGACAAUGCUCCGGAGAUCAGGGUGACCUCCGUAUCCAACAAAGUGAGUGAAGAUGAUGCUAUCGGGACUGUAGUCGCUAUAAUAAGUGUUAUGGAUCGCGAUUCUGGUGAGAAUGGACAAAUAAAUUGUCGAAUUCCGACGAAUAUUCCGUUUAAACUUGAGAAAUCUUUGAACAACCAAUUCAGGUUGGUCAUUAAUGAUGUACUGGAUCGGGAAAGCACUCCGCUGUAUAAUAUCUCUCUUACAGCCUGGGAUGCAGGUGUACCAUCUCUUUCAGCAAACAAAUCCUUAUUCAUUUUAGUCUCAGAUAUCAAUGAUAAUGUACCGAAGUUUACACAAUCAUCGUAUUCGGUGUUCCUGAUGGAAAACAACGCACCGGGAGGUUCUAUCUUUAACGUUACAGCUUUGGAUAUCGAUUUGGGCAAGAAUAGUGAGGUGUUAUAUUCUCUUGUGGAGAGUCCCACAGAAGAUGCUUCUGUUUUUGGCGCAAUUGCAGUUAACUCAGAAAGUGGGUGUAUUUAUGCACUGCGCUCCUUUGACUAUGAAAAACUAAAGAAUUUCAAAUUUAAAGUUCAAGCGUCUGAUUCUGGGUCUCCUUCAAUGAGCAGCACCGCUACAGUGAAUGUCAUAAUCUUAGACCAAAAUGACAAUGCUCCAGUUAUAGUUUCCCCUUCCAAUUGGAACAGUUCAGCGGCGACACAGAUGGUGCCCCAGGCAGCAUAUCCAGGAUUCGGUGUUUCCAGGAUAAUUGCAACGGAUGCAGAUUCCGGGCAGAACGCACGUCUUUCCUACCAACUUUUAGAAGCUACAGAUCGUAGUUUGUUUAGUGUGGGAUUUCUCUCUGGAGAAAUCACGACGUCUCGAAGUUUUAGAGAUCAAGAUAAACUUAACCACAGAGUUGUUAUUUUGGUAAAGGACAAUGGACAACCGAGCCUCUCAAGUACAGUCACAAUCUUGUUAUCGAUCAUGUCCAACCCUACCGAAAACUUCUCUGAACUAACAAAUAAACCAAAAGAUCGUGUUCAUUUGUCAGAUUUAAAUUUGGUGCUGGUAGUAGCGUUGGGAUCAACAUCCUGCAUUUUUCUAUUAAUAAUAGUUUUGCUUGUCAUCCUGAAGUGUAAGCAAGAUAGAAAUAUUUACGGUUACAGUCUUAGAAUCUGCUGCUGCAGUGUGGAGAAUUCAACUAACGACUUUAAUCGCAGAGCUGUACCAAACGCAGUUUUGAAUUAUGCCGGUGCUGGACAGACGCUGCCCAUUCGGGAAUCGUAUAAUUAUACCGUUGCACUGUCACCUGAUUCAUCGAGGAGUGACUUCUUGUUUUUAAAACCGCAUCAUCCCACAUUGCCUCUGGAUGAUUUCAAAGUUCGUGUUUCCGAAAAUUAAUUAUCGAAGCCAGUCUCCCUGCAGUUUAUAAGCAUUCACACGUGCAACAUCAAUCGAAUGCACAACAGAGUAUUCUCCUACGCCGUUAAUAUUCCCCUUGUAGCGCACACGGAAUCUUCUUCCUACCCUGCUGUGCCUCGGAAAACACGGUACUACAAACUUGGCUGCUGUUAUCCACUGAGAGCCCAUCCCCUCAACACUAUUCAGAUUGGUGAUCUGUUUGAGAGGGCAAUGACCACAGGCGACUCCUGCACCACGUCCCGGCCCUUACUGUCCUUCCUGAUCGUCACCAUAUUUCUAUUUGGUACCUGCGGCGUUACCAUCUUGUUCACUGUACUAUUUGCCCUGCUCUCCACAUCAGGGAUUCUGCACAGUGACCCCAAACGCAGCCCCAGAUAUUCUUUGCGUCUGGAAGAUGCUGAAGCUAAACACAUCUUUCGCAGGCCUCGGUUGCUUGUCAGUUCCAGCAAGCUUGGGUUGUUCUACACAGAGGUAGAAUACAAUGUUUCGGGUGAAUUGUUUGUUGCUACAGCUUUGGAACAUGUCCAGAUAAGGAAAGAAAGCGCAAAGUUUGAACCAAUUUCAUUAAUCCAAUCCAGAACAAUGGCGACAGACCUCAGCUACGGAUUGUCUUUAAUUUACCUUGUCUGCGCCUUCCACGCCGUUUGCGGACAAAUUCGGUACUCGAUUCCAGAAGAGCAGGAGCCGGGUGCCUUCGUUGGGAAUAUCGCCGAGGAUCUAGGCCUAAGCAUUCGCGAAAUAAGCACUCGAAAAUUUAGACUGGUCUCCGAUGACACGAUUCAGUUAAUGAAGGUAAACACGCACAAUGGCUUUUUAGUUGUGAAAGAGCGAAUCGACAGGGAUACGCUCUGCAUAGAAAGCUCGAGUUGUUCUGUUUCUUAUGAUGCAGCUUUAGAAAAUCCAUUGGAACUGCAUCGCAUUGAUAUAGAGAUAUUGGAUAUAAAUGAUAACGCACCGAAAUUUACGGAAAACAAAUACUAUUUGCAUAUCUCUGAAUUAACAGUAACAGGAGCGCUCUUUCCUCUCGAGAGAGCGCAGGAUGCAGACGUGGGAACAAACACAGUCAUUUCAUACAAAAUCAGCUCAAAUGAGCACUUCGGUCUGACGAAACAGGGAGUCGACGAUGGGAGUAAAACUACAGAGCUGAUGCUGGAAAAAGCUCUCGAUCGCGAGAAACAGUCGGCUUUCCAAUUAAUAUUGACGGCCAUUGACGGUGGGAUUCCUCCGAGAUCUGGCACCGCGCAAAUCAUUAUCUCUGUUCUGGAUGCCAAUGAUAACGCGCCCGCAUUCAAUCAUCAGAUAUAUAGGGUUAAUAUUCCAGAGAACGCACCAACAGGUACCAUGGUGACUACGAUACACGCUGCCGAUUUAGAUGAAGGAGCAAAUGGUGAGGUAAAAUACGGUUUCAGUACACACGUUGCUCAAAGCGUUCGAGAGUUGUUCAAUUUAGAUUCAGAAACAGGACAGAUUUACGUGAAGGGACCACUGGACUAUGAAGGUAAAAACUUUUAUGAAAUUGAGGUACAGGCUGUGGACAAAGGUGUACCAGCAUUAAGUGGGCGAACCACAAUUAUUGUUGGAAUAACUGACGUUAAUGACAAUGCUCCGGAGAUCAGGGUGACCUCGGUAUCCAGCAAUGUGCGUGAAGAUGAUGCUAUCGGGACUGUAGUCGCUAUAAUUAGUGUUAUGGAUCGCGAUUCUGGCGAAAACGGACAAGUACAUUGUCGAAUUCCUACGAAUAUCCCGUUUCAACUUGAGAAGUCUUUGAACAACCAAUUCAGGUUAGUAAUUAGCGGUGCACUGGAUAGGGAACAAAGUCCGCUGUAUAAUAUAUCUAUUACAGCCUGGGAUGCGGGGCUCCCUUCUCUUUCAGCAAACAAAACCUUAUCCAUUUCAGUAUCAGAUGUAAAUGAUAAUAUACCGAGGUUUACACAGUCAUUGUAUCGGGUGUUCCUGAUGGAAAACAACGCACCGGGUGCAUCUAUAUUUACAGUUACAGCUUUGGAUCCCGACUUGGACAAGAACAGCGAGAUAUCGUAUUCUCUCGUGGAGACUCCCGUGGAAGAAAUUUCUUUGUCUGGCGCUAUUACUGUUAACGCGGAAAGUGGGGGUAUUUAUGCACUGCGCUCCUUUGACUAUGAAAAGCUGAAGAAUUUCCAAUUCAAAAUCCAAGCUUCUGAUUCUGGGUCACCUUCAAUGAGUAGCACCGCGACAGUGAAUAUCGUAAUCUUGGACCAAAAUGACAAUGCUCCGGUUAUAGUUUCCCCUUUAAAAUGGAACAAUUCAGUGGCGCCGCUUACUCUGCCCCAUUCAGCAUCUCCAGGCUGCUUAGUUUCGAAAAUAAUUGCAACGGAUGCAGAUUCAGGGCAGAACGCACGUCUUUACUAUCAACUCUUAGAAGCUACAGAUCGGAGCUUGUUUAGUGUGGGAUUUCCCUCUGGAGAAAUCAGAACGUCUCGAAGCUUUAAGGAUCAAGAUAAGCUUACACAUCGACUUCUAAUUUUGGUAAAGGACAAUGGACAACCGAGUCUCUCCAGUACAGCCACAGUUCUGUUUUCAUUCCUGCCGAACGCUACAGAAAACUUCUCCGAACUAACAAAUAAGGAAAUAAGUCCAAUUCAUUUUUCAGAUUUAAAUUUGAUGUUGAUCGUAGCGUUGGGAUCAAUAUCUGGUAUAUUUCUAUUAAUAAUAGUUUUGCUCGUCAUUCUAAAGUGUAAACAGGACAGAAAUGUUUACGGUUAUAGUUGCAGAAUCUGUUGUUAUCGUCAGGGGAAUUCAACUGACGACUUUCAUCGGAGAACUGUCCCAAAACCAAUUAUAAAUUAUGCCGGUGCUGGCCAGACGCUGCCCAUUCGGGAAUCGUACAAUUAUACUGUUGCACUCUCACCUGAUUCUUCGAGGAGUGAUUUCUUGUUUUUAAAACCGCAUCAUCCUACGUUGCCUCUGGAUGAUUUCAACAUUCGUGAUUCGGGAGCUCAGGAUGCCGGUUCUCCAUCACCGAGCAGCACUGCUACUGUGUGCAUUACUAUCCUGGAUCAAAACCACAACGCGCCGCUUAUUAUUGUACCAUUAUUGUGGAUCCAGUCAGUGUCUCUGGUGAAAGUCCUACAGUCGAUAUCUCCCGGAUUUUUGGUCACCAAAGUGAUGGCAAAGGAUGCAGGUUCUCGUCAGAACUCUCGACGUUUGUAUAAACUGGCUGAGGAUACCGAUUGGGAUCUCUUCGCCGCGGGCCUUCAUUCCGGUGAAGUCAAGGCAGUCCGAAGGUUAACAGCAAAAAGGAAUCGAGUGCUUCAGAUUCGGAUAUUUCUGAAAAUAUAUAUUCAAGCAAUGGCGACUGCGUAUGGCACCGAGGCAUAUUUGGUAUUUUUACUUCGUCUCGUCAACGUGGUUUUCGGACAAAUUAAUUACUCUAUUCCGGAGGAACUGGAGAUCGGUGCUUUUGUCGGAAACAUUGCUAAAGAUUUGGGGAUAACCGUUAGUGAAUUAUUAGUCCGAAGACUGCAACUGCUCCCUUCAAACAGGAAACAAUAUUUCGAGGUAAAUACACAAAACGGAAUUUUACUUGUCAGUGAAAGAAUCGACAGGGAACAGCUCUGCAUGGAAGUGUCGACUUGUUCUAUUUCGUUUGAUCUCACGGUAGAAAAUCCUGAAGAAAUAUUUCCUGUUGAAGUAGAGAUAUUAGAUGUAAACGACAACUCGCCGGUUUUCCCAACAGAAGUCAUUUCUUUGCAGCUCCCUGAAUUACUUGCACCAGGAGCGCGCUUUCCUCUCGAGAGCGCGCAUGACCCGGACGUUGGUUUAAACUCUGUUGCUAAUUACCACCUUAGUCUGAAUGAUUUCUUCAGUCUUAAAAUUCAGACAAGAAAAGAUGGAAGAAAAAUCGCUGAAUUGUUUUUGGAAAAAUCGUUAGACCGCGAAAAAAUUCCCUCUUUUGAACUGGUAUUAACAGCUGUGGAUGGUGGGAUCCCUCACAGGUCUGGUACUACACAGAUUUUUAUUACUGUUACAGACGUAAAUGAUAACGCUCCUGUAUUCGAUCAAGACAUAUACAAGGUCAGUGUGCGAGAAAAUGCACCCAUUGGUACCUUGCUGAUAACACUACACGCAAAUGAUUUGGACGAAGGCCCAAACACUGAGCUUACAUAUUCUUUUAGUAAUUAUGCGUCACAAAAAGUACGGGAGUUGUUCAGUUUGGAUGCUGACACAGGAGAGAUCAAAGUCGAUGGUUUGCUGGAUUUUGAAACGGCAUACGAUUAUGAGCUUGAUGUACAGGCCGUGGACAACCUGCCAAACGUGGGACAUGCUAAGGUUUUGGUUAAUAUCAUUGAUAUGAAUGAUAAUGCUCCCGACAUAAAGCUGACAUCAGUAAAGAAAAUGCUACCAGAGGAUGCAGUGCCAGGUAGUGUAAUCGCCGUUUUCGGAGCAACAGAUAGAGAUUCUGGGGAAAAUGGGCUCGUUCGGUGUCAGAUUCCAGUCAACAUUCCAUUUAAGUUAGAAACGACUUUGCCUAAUCACUAUAAAAUUAUGACCAGCAAGAAACUUGACCGUGAAACAAUCUCACAGUAUAACAUAUCCAUUUCCGCAUGCGAUGCUGGAUUGCCCUCACUUACUACAAUUGAAACCAUCACAGUUUCAGUUUCUGAUGUAAAUGACAAUGUUCCGCAGUUUGAACAAUCCUCAUAUGAUGUGUAUCUGAUGGAGAACAAUGUUCCAGGCGGAUCUAUUUUUACAGUUACCGCGUUGGAUCCUGAUUUGGAAGGCAAUGGAGAUGUCUCGUACUCUAUUCUGGAGAACAAGCUGAAAACACUGUUUGAACCUUCUGACUUUGCAAUAAACUCGAAAAGCGGGAGUAUAUUUGCUCUGCGUUCUUUUGACUAUGAACUAAUGAAGAAUUUCCAAAUCACAGUUUUAGCUCAUGAUGCUGGAUCUCCGUCACUGAGUAGCACUGCUAUUGUAAGAAUUAUUAUCUUGGAUCAAAACGACAAUCCUCCAUUUAUAAUUUCUCCAUCUACCUGGAACAGUUCAGCGACAUUCGCAAUAGUCCCGCGUUCAAUAUAUCCUGGCUACUUGGUCAUGAAGGUAAUCGCAAAUGACGAAGAUUCGGGUCAAAAUGCUCGGCUUUCCUUUAAGAUUAUUGAAGCUACUGAUCCAAGUCUUUUCACAGUGGGUCUUCACACCGGAGAAAUCAGAACUACCAGAACGUUUACGGAAGACGACGCUGUGACACAAAACGUGGUAGUCCUGGUGAAGGACAAUGGUCAACCAAGUCUCUCAAGCUCAGUUACAGUACAAAUCGAGAUAUUGGACGUUAAUGACAAUUCUCCCGUGUUCCCGGUUAGUGAAAUACGUUUGGAAAUUGUUGAAUUCGCGACAGCCGGCGCGCGUUUUCUGUUACCAGAUGCGCGCGACCCUGACGUCGGUAUAAGUUCCAUUCGCACGGACCAGCUGACUCCGAAUGAGCAUUUUGUCUUAGAUGUACGGAUCCGCGGGGAAGCGAAAAUCCCCGAAUUAAUGUUAGCGAAAACAAUCGAUCGAAAGAAACAACCGCUGCAUCGGUUACUACUCACCGCUCUGGACGGUGGCUCUCCGCAAAGGACGGGCACCACCAAUUUAAUUAUUGUGUUGGACGCUAAUGAUAAUGCACCGGUUUUCCAGCAGACUUUGUAUGUUGUCUGGCUGAUGGAAAAUGUGCCAACCGGCACUCUGGUGAUCCGACUUAAUGCAACAGAUUUGGACGCGGGGUCCAAUAACGUCAUUUUCAGCGGCUACGUUAAAGUUAGGGUGAGUGAACUAUUUACCAUUAAUCCCAUGUCGGGCGAAAUAAGAGUAAAGGGAAUUUUGAACUUUGAGGAAACAAAUACUUAUGAAAUUGACGUGGAAGCUAGUGGUAUGGGUUUUCAACCUUUAUCCGCACACUGCACCGUCCAAGUGAAUCUCAAGGAUGUGAACAAUAAUGCUCCUGAUUUCACUUUAAAUUCUAUUCCUAAAAUAGUACGCGAGGAUGCGUCGGCUGGAACAUUGCUAGCUUUAAUCAGCGUGAGAGACAAGGAUUCCCAUGAAAACGGACACGUUGAUUGCCACAUCACGCCAAUUCUCCCAUUUGCGCUCAAAUCAUCCUUUAAAAAUUCAUAUAGGUUGGUGACAAAUGCUAUAUUGGACCGAGAGCUUGCUUCUGAAUAUAAGAUCUUGGUUAAUUGCAAGGACCGCGGAUACCCUUGCUAA